AAUGAGGAUUGUAUAUAUCAACCUUAAAGUUGGAGUUAGAGGGUGGUGAUUCCUUAGCUUCCCCAAUAAUCUAUCUAGUCUGUUGACUCGAGCCAAGUGAACAGGACAACUUGGAGGAAAAAAAAUAUACGUCACCUUAGUUUGAGGAUAUAGUCGAACGUCCACAAAAUAUUUCAUUCGGUUCAUAUAUAAUUAACUAAUAAUAGGUUGCCACAAAAAUAGGAAGGAAAAAAAAAAAAGCUUUGGUAGAGCUUUAACUAUAAAAGCUUUGGGCAGUUUGUACUAGAAUUAACAGAAUAAUUAGGAUUGUAAAUGGAGGAAAACAAUAGAUAUUGCAAAGUUUGUGUUACUGGAGGUUCUGGAUUUAUUGGUUCAUGUCUCAUAAAAAUGCUCUUUAAUAAAGGCAAUUACUAUGUUCAUGCCACUCUCAGAAACUUGGUGAACCGUUUAAAGGGGUUGGAAGGAGCGGAAACACGACUGAAAUUGUUUGAAGCAGACAUAUAUAAUCCUCAACAAUUUGAUGGGGCCAUAAAAGAUUGCAAAUUUGUGUUCCAUGUUGCAACACCUUUACUGCACACUCAACAAUCCCAAUACAAGGGAUUAACCGAGGCAUCAUUAGCUGGAGUAAAGAGCAUUAUCAAGUCAUGCAUAAGAUCAGGCACCGUCAGGCGGCUUAUCUAUACCGCCAGUGUGAUGGCUGCAUCACCUCUCAAGGACGACGAAGGUGGUUUAAAGGAUUUUAUGGAUGAAAAUUGUUGGACCUCGGUUUUAUAGAUAGUAUCAUUGAUGCGUGGAUCUAAACCGUGUCUUCCCAAAUCUGACCUCGGUUUUAUGAAGAUCACAGAAGUUAUUAAGGUGUGGAUUAAAGCAUGAAUUAAUUUAUAGAUGUACUUCUGGUAGAACAUCAUUAUUGUAUAAAAUUUGGAAUCUGGUUGUUAUGUGAUUUGUACAAUUUGGAGUACUUCGUAUAACUUAGAAUUCUAUAAUAAUCUUCGCAGUUUGAAAUUUUAUAGCUUAAACAAAUUGAAGUCAUAUUACUUGUGCAAAUUCUGGCAAAUUUUGGAUCCACCUUAUAUAUGUCUUAAAAUAUGUAAAUAUUGGAUCAUAAUGCAUGUUCC